AAUUCCUCUCCUUCCGGUCCGCCGGAUUAUGAAUGACGGACGGUUCGGCUGUUUCCCUGAUGCGCUGCCUGCUGUUUCUCUCCGGUCUCGUGGGCUGCGAAUGGUCCGCGGGUGAAGGCUCCCUGAAGCGGCCUCGCGAAUCCCGGCUCCGGCGGGGCGGGAAUGCGCUGGCGGCCCGUGUCGCCGACACAUUCACGCACCCUCCCUGCCUGGCCGCGCCUCUGCGACCAGCAAACUGGCCUGUCCGGGGAAGAGAUGCACACUGCAUCAGCUCUGUUCAGCAUCUCAAGUUUCUGGUUUUGUCUGCUGCUUUCUCACUCCAUCUCAGGAGUAGUUGCAGUGUGGCACCUGUCAAAGCUGAGAAAGAGAAAUGACAGACACUGCUUCUGUGCUUGGCAGGAAUGUAAUAUGGAGUAACAGGAGCUAUGCCCCAAGCCUUGUAUUGGAGACCCAAAAGGUAACCCAAUGAAAGAAGAAAAUGAAAGGCAUUAAGAAGAGUCUUACAGAAGAAUAUCUAUACUUGGAUUUUUCUCACCACAUAGAAGGGUUCAUCUUUCCUCUUCAUACAUCUGUAACUUUAUUUUUGUUAUCAUACUGUGACUGCAAAAUCUUUAAAGUUUGCUUAGUCCCCAACAGAGAAAGCACUGAUGUUUUACUACUUAAAAAUGUACUGUCUGAGGAUGUUGAAAUACAAAUUAUUUCAAGGCAAGAUCUUCCACCAAUAGUCCAGAGUUGCUGUUUACCUGCAGUAGUGGAAAGACCAGACAAUUUCUGUAGAGCAGGACUUGCUGUUGUACUGAGACACAUAAUCCAGAAAUCAUAUGAAGCAGACCCCUCAAAGAAGGAAAUUUUGGAACUUCUGGGUUUUAAGAAGACUUGCUUGAAAGCCUGUGCUGAAGUUAGUCAGUGGACCAGGCUAUGCGAACUUACCAUUCCUUUAGCUGUUGAGAAUUUUCUCAAAGAAUCUUCUGACCAGCCCCCAACUAUCCCUGCAGAAAUAUUAGAGCUAGAAAGAAAGCUUAGUGAGCCUGUGAGAGUGCAUAACGAUGACAAACUCCGGCGGCAGAAGCUGAAGCAGCAGAAAGCUGCUGGAGUCAGGCCUUCCCUGGCCAAGGAAAAAGCACAGAGCAAGGACCACAGACAGGGGUCAUCGGAGGAGAUGGACUCUUCCCCUGAGAGCCUGGAACUGAAAGUGGCCUUCGCGAAGCUCACAGUACACGAGGACCCUGCUCCUGCCAACAGGGAGCCUUCUCACAUCAGAAAAGCAAAAGCCUCUGACCUUCCACCCCUGGAGCAUGUGUUUGCGGAAGGCCUGUACUUCACUCUGGCAGAUAUUGUGCUCUUGCCUUGUAUCCAUCACUUCUUGGUAAUUAUCUGUAAGAAACUUUCGGAAAAGCUGGUAGAAUUUCCACUGCUGGCCGCCUGGUACCAGAGGAUUCAGGAAGUGCCAAGAGUAAAAACAGCGGCUUCCCAGUGUGGGAUCCAGUUUCUCCAUUUACCACAGUUGCAGACCACCUCAAAUGAACACCAUCCAAACUUAGAUGAGGCCCCAUGUAUAGAGGAGCAAAGUGAUCCUUUAUUUAUAGGAGGACCACGACCCACUAUGACCAAGUUAAUGGAAAAAGGCAUUGAAGUGAUGUUUUCUCCCCACCCUUGCCCUACUUGGACCCUUGAUUGGGAUACUCUUCCUGCAGCAGUGAGCCCAAAGGAAGGUAAAAUGUCCAGUGAUCGAGCUUUGCGGAAGCAGCAACAGCUAAACAACCUCAUCUAUGUGGUGACAAAUCAGGCCAGACCUGGUGACAGAAUUGUGGAUUUCUGCAGCGGUGGGGGCCAUGUUGGGAUUGUUCUUGCUUACAUGCUGCCAUCAUGCCAGGUUACGUUAAUAGAAAACAAGGAAUUAUCAUUAAUUCAUGCUAAGAAGAGAAGUGACGAACUAGGUUUAAGCAACAUUUGGUUCAUUCAAGCAAAUAUGGAGUAUUUUACAGGGAUGUUUAAUAUUGGGGUGGCGUUGCAUGCUUGUGGAGUGGCAACAGACAUGGUGAUUGAGCACUGCAUCAAAACACGGGCGUCCUUUGUCACGUGCCCAUGCUGUUACGGUUUCAUUCAGAAUACCUCAAAGUUUAAUUUUCCAAAAAGUGAUCAAUUCAAGAAAACAUUAUCGUACAAGGAACACAUGAUUCUGUGCAGAUUUGCAGACCAGACAGCUGUCCAGCUUCCACCCCAACGAAGGCUCAUAGGAAAACAGUGCAUGUGCCUGGUGGAUCUGGAUCGAGCAAGAGCUGCAGAAGAACGUGGCUACUCUAUUCAAGUGAUAUCCAUGCAGCCAGAGAGCUGCUCUCCCAAAAAUAACAUGAUCGUGGGAGUCCCCAUUUAGAGUGAGAUAUUCACAUCUGAUGCUGUGCCAUCCGUCUCCCUGACGCAAGCCCAGUGGCACUCAGGAGGGUCCUGGCAUAAUUAGAAGCAGCGUCAGCCAUCUUGAACUUCCUGUGCUGAGGAAGGAGCACAGCAGGAGCGUCUUGGGAGAAGGCUGCCUGCAAAGCGUCACAGAUGUGCUUGUGGCGUGUGAUUAAAAGACUGCUGGUUUUCCUAGUGAGAGUCCCCUGAAGUCUCAGCUGCCAGCAGAGUGAGCCUCACGAGAGGAAGUUCUAUCACAGGAAUAACAAUUUCCUUCUCAGUGCACAGCUUUUCUGAUCUUGCCAGUGUGGUGUUCAGUUCAAAACAGUGGACUUGCAGCCUUAUAAUCACUUAGAGAUUCAAAUGGAGACCGAAACUAAACUGAGUGGGUUUUGUCUGUCUGCGUUUUAUAUUUUUUAACAAUUGUACUUUUUUAAAUAAUUUUUUUAAAAAGCCUAGUCAGGUAAUUACAGUAUGGUUACAUUUUUAAGCUGAGGUGAGUUGGACUUAUAUUUCAUUUCAUAACUCCUUUUAAAUAUAUUUCCCAUAAAUUGCCAAAUGGGAUCACUGCUGGGUCAAACAUUUUAUAUGAAAAUGUUAUAAAAUAAUUGCAGUAAAUUUCCUAUUAUAGGAACAUUAAUCUGGACAUAAAUUCUAACUAAUCAGUAAAUACAUUGAUAUGUUAAUUCAAGUCUAUAAGUAAUUGCUGAGGAUCCAUUAUUUUCAAGGUCCUGGCCUAGAUUCUUCUAAGGAUACAAAGAUGAGUUGGAAGAGACACAGUGCCUUUGCUAUAGAAGUAAAUCACGUACAAGAGAAAGAUUCAUGAAUCAGUUAAGGUCACAGGAUUUGUUUUUCAGUUAUCAAUCAUUUUUAUUUUUGAUACAAUUUACUGAGUAUAAUUGGAGAAGGAGUAGGGUGUGGAAGCUUACCUGAAUAGUUUUCUCCCUCCUCAAAUAGCCCGUAUUCCACCAGCCAGUUUUUAAAAACAGCUGGUGUGUCCUUUCACACAUGCUGCUAAUUCUUUUUUACAUGUCCUAGGUUAUUUCAUUUGAGGUAAGAUUUAUUUCAUCAAUUUUGAUUUUUUUUCAACCACUGUAUGACACAUACCAUGAGGAGAAAGGGCUUUAAUAAAUACCUCUUUCAUCACUGUGGAUUAAAAUAUAGGAAUAAUUUAUGAAGGGGAUGGGGGUUUGAACUCUUGCUUUCUGAGAUAAAUUGAAGAAUUAACAUCAGCCCUGAGUAUCUUAGUCAUUUACACCUGUAAACACGCCAUGCUCUUUUAUCCUGGGCUUUCUUUUUAAAUUGAGGUAUAAUUUACAGACAAUAAAUAACAGAUUUUAAGUGUUGUGAGUUGAGGAAGUUUUGACAACCAUAUAUACCCAUGCAAACACCAUCAGAAAUAAGAUACAGUCUAUUUCUGUCAGCCCAGAAAGUUCUCUCAUGCUUUCUGUUCAAUUUCCCCCACCCCAAAGGCAACCACACUCUGAUUUCUGUCCCCCUACAUGUGUUUUGCUAUUUUUGUCCUUCAUAUAAAUGAAGUCAUUUAGGAUAUAGUCCUUUGUGUCUGGCUUCUUUUGCUCAACGUGUUUUUUUUCCCUUGAAAAAUAACAACUUUGUUAUGUUUAUCAAUGGUUUCUUCUUAUUCCUAAGUAGUAUUUCAUCAUAUAAAUAUAUCAAAAUGUGUUUAUCCAUUCUCCUAUUGGUAUUUAUUUGGAUUGUUUUCACUCUGAAAAUAGUAUGAACAAGCUCUAUAAAUACUCUUGUGCAAGUCUUUUUGUAGACGUAUGUUUUCACUGCUCUAGGAUAAAUAUCUAGUAGUAGAACUGCUGGGUCUUUGAAGAAAUGAAUAUCAAUUGCCAAAUUAUUCUCUAAAGUGGUUGUGCCGUUUUCUAUUCCACCAUCAUCGUAUAAAGAUUCUCGUUCUCCACAUCCUCACCAAUAGUUGAUGUUGUCAAGUUUUUAUAUUUUUACCAUUCUGGUGGAUGUGAAAUGGUAUCUCAUUCUGGUUUUAAUUUUCAUUUCUCUGAUGACUAGCAAUGUUAAGCAUCAUUUAUAAAGUGUCUAUUCGAGUCUUUUGCUUAUUUUUAAAAUUUAGGUCAUUUAGGGUUUUAUAUUGUUGAUUAUACAUUCUGGAUAUGAGUCAUUUGUCAGUAUAUGUAUUAAGAAUAUUUUUCCCAGUCUGCGGCUUACUUACUCAUUUUUAGAAUGAACAUCUUAAUUUUCAAUAAGCCUAAUUUAUCUUUUUCUUUUACGGUUAAUAUUUUCUGUGUCCUCUGUAAUAAAUCUUUACCCCCCUAAGGUUAUGAAAAUUCUUCUUAUGUUUUCUUACAGAAACUUCAUGGGUCUAGCUUUUUACAUUUAGGUCUAUGAUUCAUCUGAAAUCAAUAUUCACUUAUAGAGGUCUAGUUUAUCUGACCUGAAUAACAAGUUUAUAAUCGAGCAAGAAAACAAAAUUCAGCAGAAAACCCAGGAGAAUGUUUACUGGAUGACUGAUGUAAAGAGCCUUGAACAUUUCCAUCAUGUCCUUCGUAAAUCAUCCCACAGUUUAUUCUGAAUUUAAUGAGACUAAAAAUAGGUGUUUACUGUGAAUGUCAUCAAGAGUGCCUUCCAAGAACAAAUUUUCGGAACAUUGAUAGAAAAUAGACAAUAGGAUGGGACCUUGAACAGAUUCCUUAAAGAAGCAUGUUAUCCUUAAGACGACAUGGUGGAAUAGCAGUUUUGAUAGCGACUGGCCGCAAUGGUGAAAAUAUGUGCCCUCCUGCCCUUUACAGAAAAUACUUGCCAAUCCCUGAGUUAAAUCAUGAGGUGUCAAGCAAGCCAGAGAAUAGCUUCAUCUAGGUAAGUAACCUUAAACUGGGGUCCAUAAAUAUGUCUCUGGGGUCUGUCAUUCCAAGGAAUAAUUUGUACUAUUUAUUGUAUGUGUGCAUUUUACUGGUAAGAGAGUCCUAUGACUCUCAUCAGAUUCUCCAAGGGGUCUUGUGAUCCAAAAUGUGUUAAGAACUAAUGGUUUAGGUGAAUGUUGUUUAUUUGUUCUUUUGAAGACUUGUAGAAUGGGCUAGAAGAAAAAGCAGUUCAAGAAAUUGACACAACACAAUGAGAUAUCACCUUACACCUGCUAUGAUGGCUAUUAUCCAAAAAAAGAAAAAAAAAGGCAAGUGUUGGUGAGGAUGGGGAGAAAUUGGAACCCUUGUACACUCUUGGUGGGAAUGUAAAAUGAUUCAGCCCCUAUGGAAAACAGUAUCGGGGUUCCUCAAAAAAUUGCAAUAGAACUACCAUGUGACCCAGCAAUCCCACUUUGGGGUGUAUGUCUGAAAGAAAUGAAAUCAGUAUCUCAAAGAGCUAUCUGUACUCCCAUGUCCAUUGCAGCAUUAUUGACAAUAGCCAAGAUGUGAGGACACAACCUAAAUGUCCAUCAAUGAAUGAAUGGAUAAAGAAAAUGUGAUGUUUAUAUUAUUCAGGCUUAAAAAAGAAGGAAAACCUGUGAUAUGUGACACCAUAGAUGAACCUGAGGACACUGUGCUAAGUGGGAAUAGUCUAGUCCUAGAAGGACAACUACUGAAUGAUUCCACUUACAUGAGCCAUCUAAAAUAGUCAAACUCAAAGAAACAGGAGAA